ACAGGUCGCUCCCGUAAAGUGCCACUUGGCGGCGUAGAAUAAACAGAAAAAUAUAGACCAUUAAUAUUUUACUAUCCAGAAUCUUUCGAGUAAUCUUUAUUGGCAGGUUUAACGGCCGCUUUAAACGAGCACUAGAAUAUCCUGAAAGCAGCAUAAUAGUUUAAUUCAUGCGGCGUUUCUCUGUUGUCUGGUUUUGCAGUAAUGGUUUCGAGCUUCAUGCUUUAGAUCGGGUUGUCGCUCCUCCGUAUUCCUUUUGCUUAUGGGAAGUACCUGACCAUUAGUUGCUUGAUUAUCUCUGGCCACAUUAGCGAGGAAGAUGAGCGCUUCGGCGGGGCUGUGCGUGCCGAAGACAUCAUGCGCGGGUCCCGCUGUUGCGUCCGGGCUGCUCCGCCUGACUUCAGUACCUGGUUAUGAUCAAACCCGCGUGAAUGAUGUUUUACUAUUAACACCCCUCACUGGAACGCAGAAAGGAUGUAACAACGAGAAUGAGAACUUGCGGAAUGGCAAUGCUCACGUAGUCUUCUUUCCCGGGGACAUUCAGAACUUCCAGCAGGAAAUGGCCCUCCAGCCUGAUGCUGCCCCAUGGCAGUCCUGGAGUCUUGAGUGUGUGGCUCUCACCCUGGGCCACCGGUUCCCUGGCUGCCAUAUCUGGGUCGUCCGUGCUUCCAGCAUGUACCUGCACAAGUUCAGCUGCUAUCAGAACUUUGUAGAGAGCAACUUAUUUGGAGCACCAGAACACACUCCAGACUAUGGAGCCAUUCGCCACCUGAGGGCACUCCUAGGUCAUGGCAUGGAGCAGGCCGGCCUCCUGAAUCCCUUACCCCCUCUUAGUGGUACAUCCACUCCUGCCCCUCUACCUCCUGAUUUUACCCUGACCCUAGUGGGCUUCAGUAAGGGAUGUGUUGUUCUCAAUCAGAUAGUGUAUGAGCUGGCUGGAGCUCGAGCAGACCCAGAACUGAAGCAGUUUCUGGACAGUAUCUCAGAUAUGUACUGGCUGGACGGAGGGCACCCAGGUGGUAGUGAGACAUGGGUGACCGAUAAGUGUGCCCUGGGUGAGCUGGCAUCUAGUGGGGUGGCUGUCCAUGCCCAUGUCACUCCUUAUGAGGUAAAGGAUCCGAUGAGGGUAUGGGUCGGAUGUGAGCACCGGUGCUUUAUAAAGACACUAGAGGAUCUGGGUGCCUGUCUAAGCCAGAAACUACACUUUGAGGAUGAGCCAGCAUCCAUUGAGAAUCACUUCCGGGUUAUUCAGGAGUUUUGACUGUUCUCGAUCUAUGCUUUCUCAAGUCUUAACAUGGAACAUAUUCUUUGCAGAGUAGAAGGCUUUUUAUUGCACAGAUAUAUCAGUUAGUCAAGCACUUUGAGUCCCCAGGUGUUUGGAGAAUAGUUGUAUGCUGCUUCUCAUUUCAUGAAUAGGUGGAAAUAUUGAAGCUCAAUGACCAAACUUGUAAAACGUUUAGCUGCCUAGCAAAUACGCCUUGUUGUUUGACUAUUGCAUCGAACUAUAUAGAGUGAAUACUUUUAUAUAAUACCAUACUUAUUUUACAUAGUCCAUUUGGAAUGUUGAGCUUUUCAAAUCAUACAAACCACCACCUCCUCAUGUUCUAAGUGCUCUUUUUUCCCCAGCAUAGAAAGGAAAGGAGAAAUUACCUGAAAAUGAUUAUGAUUCUAAUUCAUUUCAAAAGUAACUAUUUAAAUCCAUAUUUUUUAUGUUCUUAAUUUAAAUCAUGAGCAUGAAUUUUCAUUCCAAGGCUGUGUUCCUAAUAGUUAUGUAUGGAUACUCUUUAAUGCAAAACUUUGUCUUCUUUCUUUAGGAGCCUUGCUUCCCUAAUAAGACAUAUUGUCUAAGAUCAGUAAAUUGCUUAAAGCUAUUUUGUUGUAAAUAUUUUUCCUCCCACUAUAUAUAAAAAAUGACUGGCAUGCAAAUCCACUUAAAAGUCAGAAGUCAUGUUACAGCCUAAACUGUAGGUUUUAAUGAGUAUCCACCCCGAUACGAUUACAUUGGUUUAUAAUCACAAAUGUGGGCUUUCUUUGAUUAGCUAACAGUGUCUGAUGAUCUUCCACUGGAAUAAAUUGCAUAGGUUGUUUUUGGUUAGGAAAAAAAAAACAAUUAUUUACCAUAUCGGUGGAAUUUUCAUAAUUGCACAAUAUUUAACUUUGCUUAGUACCUAGAUUACUAAUAGAUGACUAUUCUCUAGGUGGCGCACUUUAUCUGUCUUGAAUAUGUCCUAUAAAUAUGAAUAUGUGGAUUUUGUAUGGAAACUCCUCAUUGCGAUUAAUGUACUUCGUGCUUCAUAGUCAUUCCAUACGUUUCCAUGCUGAUGUAAAUAAAUUAAAGUGUUGAAAUGUUUUAGUGCUCUGUUUAAUAAGAAUUAUUAACCUUAAAUAAUGCAAUUCAAAUUAUGAUAUGACAUUAAAAUACAUGAAAUAUAACUGCAAGCAGCAAUGAGCGGGGUCCAAAGUGAAUAGAAAAGGCAGAACAUCAAAAGCACAACUCAAAUGCUAUUGCCAUCAUUGUUCAGAAGGAUUUAAGAGAAAUUAUUACCUUAGAACAAGGAAACAUAUGUAUAAGAUUUGUUUAUAAAGCAAAAAAAAAUUAAAUUAAAGCUGAUGUAACUAUUUCUGUUAAAAUAUUUUCAACUGCAAGUAAGCCAUUCAUAGGUUAAUUUUCUCGAUAUCUAAAAACUCUUUCUGUUACGGUAUGAAAAGUGCUGUUUGUUUUAAGCAAACAGUUUAGACCCGCCCCAACAACGUUAUUAAACCAAUGGCGUGAUUUGGGGGCGGGGCUAACUCCAACGGUAGACGGGGGGCGUAUGCAGAAAGCUGUUUUGAUUUUUGCAGUUCCGUUUGGAACUAGUGACGCUGAAAUUCUUCAGCUUUAAAAUGCUAACAUUUUAUAACAAAUUCAAAUGCUUAUUUAGAAUUUGUUUUAUCUUGAAAAAAUUGGGCUGAAAUUAUUAUCUUCAUUCCUCCUAUUUUCAAUAUAUAGCUUUACUAUCCUUGAACAUUGUGAAAGGCAGUAGGUCUACAUGUACUAUAUACAUUUACGUGGAAACUGAGAAAAAGAAGUCUCAUGGUGCAUUUCAGAAAUAGAAGUAUUUAUUAUGUCCAGGUGUCAGAGAAAGUCAAAAUUGUUGAUAUUAUGCCCUUUUAAAUCAUUAAAAUAAAACAUAAUGUGGAUCCGUGAGGGAUGUUUGAUCGCUGAAUUUGUUACACUUACUGUCCAUAAAAUCAGUAACAUCAAAUCUAUAUUAAGGGUACAUCCUUUACAACUGUAGACUCUUCAUGGCUAUCUUAGAUUGUGUAAAUAAACUGAACAUCAUUUAUUCUGAUACAUAUAUUUCAAAAUACAGUUUUAAUCAUCAAAUGAAGCAUCAUCCAGUAUCAGUUUUCCUUUAUCCUUAUCCAUUCUUAAGACAAAUAGGAAAAUUAUCUACAAAGUUUAUCCCUUAAAUGUCCUUUUGCAAAGUUACAAAAUUUGUGAAAUGGCAAGCUUUCUGUAAAACCACAGUGACUGCUUUGAAAUGCACUCAAAAGCCUGGCCUAUUCCCUAUUGAAUUACAGCUUUAAAUACCUCAUGGCCCUAACACAUUAAGGCAGUUUCUCAGGCGGGGAAAAGAUUCAAGUUUUCCUUUAAGAUGACAGCAUACAGCGAGCACCCGGCCGUGACGAGAGCCUCUCGUCUUAUGAGACAAUGGCCCUAUUAUGAGUGCAGGCUGGUGACAUCUCUGGGAAACCAUAAAGCCCUGAGCACACAAACACAGAUGAGCACUUCACACCUUCUUUAAACAGAGAACAAAAAGCUGAAGGCCUCAACCUUCAAGACUGAACUCUGAAAUACUAACAUUUCCAGUUCUAACAACCACUCAGAAAAGCAGUCAACAAUAUAUUCAAUGAAAAGAAAAAACUCCCUCUUUUGCUAGUCAUUUUCAUUGCGUUACUGCACACUUUGUGAUGCGCAGUGUUGGGUGUAAUCCAACUACAAAGUAAUUAGUUCCUGUAAUCUAAUUGCUUUAGUCAAAAAAUAAAUUUUACAUUCUUGUAAUCAGAUUAGUUAGUGAUUUUCAAUUAAUUUAAUUAGUUUUAAGUACAUUAUAGGGUUAUGCUUAUUUCUAAAUGUAUGUAGAAUAUAUGAAUUAUGGUCCAGCAAUGAGUCAUUGUGAAGGAGAACUGUGAGUUGCUGAGUGUAUGACUUGUGUGUAACAAAGAAUGAGAAAAUAUAGACAUUAUUUUGAAUUUGUUGAGUGGAAAAGUGUUUAAGAAAGCAACUUAAUGUAAAGUAAUUAGUAAUGUGAUUACGUUCUCGAAGUAAUUAGUAAAGUGUUCUGACAAUCUUAAAUGUUUUUUUUUUUUUUUUUUUUGUGAGAAAUAAUUAGUAAUUUGUACUGGAUUACUAUUUUUAAGUAAUUUACCCAACACCGUGCAUAAUUCUUAUUCUAAUCUGUUUUGCACCACAAUAAAGGGUUUUGCCUAUUCUAACAUUAAUUUGUCUUCAAUUCAAUUUCAUUACAGAAUGCAUAUACAGUACCUUACUUUCAUCAGAACCAAACAUACUUUACCAUCUGAACAUCAUCCAUAAACCAAUAAAAUCCAAAUAACAAAAUUGUACAUGCCCUACAUACUCUAAGAGCAUAAAUAUAACAUCAACAUUUUACCAUUGACAGUUAACAAAUUUUCUUUGCUUUUGUCUUUCUAUUUACCACUGCAUAUACAGUCUAUCCUUCAUAACUAAAUGCAUAGCUUUGAGUUUAUACAAAGAUUUGACAUAAAAGUGUGUACGAUCUAUAUGCAUUCCGGUACGUCAAAUACAAUAGUGAAAAAAUGUAUAAUACAUCCACAGAAAUAUGCUGUACUUGUCCUACAUGAGAUCAAGUGAGAGUUUCCAUCUUAAAAAUACAGAAACACUGCACAAAAAGGCAUUCAAGAAUCAUAUACUGGUAAACUGUGCAGUUACAGCUAACCCUGAGAACAAGGCUUGGAAUGAACAAGUACUGAAACCUCCAUGGUUAAUGGCAUUAGCUUAAUACACCUCUUCAAAAAGGUAGCAAGUCAAAAAACCCUGAGUUACCUCAGACUGGAGCACUGAUAAAAUUAACUGUCAUUUUAAGAUUAUGUAUCAUAGGCUAUUUUUUUACAGCACUCCCAAAACAAUAAGCUGUUAGGCCUGCUGUAGAGACUGCUAGAAUGUUGCUUAAGAACAACAUUCAGUGCUGAGAGAACACAUUUAUUAUACAGAAUGAUGGCAGUAAAAAAGAUUGAUUUUCAUUUUAAAAGCAAUAGAUACACUUGAUUUACUAAAUUCAAUGCUGUUAAAAAAAUUCUGUUUUCUCAUAUUUUAGUUAUAAUUCUCAUAUAAUAAAGGGUUUAAGUGCUUUCCUGCAUUUCCUUAGUCAUUCUCUAGGAGGAAGUUCUGAGUCGGAUGCCAACACAUAUUUGUGUAAUCCAGGGUGUGUUGUGCUGAGUCACAUUUUUAUAUAGCCCUCUGAUUUUUCAAUUCGACAAGAAAGAGGAUGUAACACACCCAUAAACUGAGGGCACUCCUGUACUGAAGCUUUUUAACAGUUUCACUUAUUUUGAAUUUUGAAUCAAUAGGGAAUUUUGAAAUUGAAUUUUGAUCAUACAACCAAAACAAUGAAUGAUUCAUUUAAAUCUCAUCCCACUGACACUGAAACAGAAAAAAAAAACAUUCUAUUUUUUACAAGC